GUGACGUUACUUCUGCGUGCGGAAUAAUAGUACUUCUCUUGUAGCUAUAUACACGUGGUUGUUGCAAUCAAGGUAAAUACUUUUUAAGAAAAUAACAAUGCCGAAAUCCAAAAGUAAAAGAAAUACUUUCGACUACACUAAAAACCGAAAGAAACUGAAAAAGCAGUUUAAGAAAAGGGAAGCACCGAGAAUUGAGUGUCCUCAGAUCCGAAAUGCCUGGAGUGACAAAAAGUCAGUGGCAAGGAACUUGCGAGACAUGGGUCUUGCAUUUGACCCAAACACUGCCAUUCCGAUUAAGACACCAAACAUUGUUGCUGUAGAAAAAACUACAGAAACAGCUCCUGCCCCCAAAUUUGUAAGGAAGCCGUAUGUUUUGAAUGGACUGGUGGCAGAGGCCAGUCUUCCAGUGAAAGACACUAAGACAUUGUCUACAGACUUGAUUGAGUAUGUGCAGUACAUGCUCAGGGAACACAGUGACAACUACAAGGCUAUGGCCAGAGAUGAGAAGAACUAUUACCAGGAUACACCGUCACAAAUCAGGAGAAAAGUGACCCAGUAUAAACGCUGCCACCCAGAUGAAUACAACACCUUCAUGGAGUCUCUCAAAGGCGGUAAAGGUGUUUCCACCUAACAGUUGUCUGUGGAGGACAAAGACUUUCGAUGUCAUGAGAGGGACAGAUCAUUCCUCUCAUUCAUCAGUGGAGACAGUCUGAGUCUGUUUUACUAGUGUUCUGUCACUGUGAUGGACAGUAAAGCGUCACUCCGUAGCUCUGUCAAUCAGAAUGAAUGGUGAUUUUGGUUGUUAAAGAAAUGGAGGCAUUUGAAAACAGACCAGACAAGGAUAAUGCAUAAAAUCAAACAAUUUAUUUGUUCAUACUUCCCAUAUGUAUCCCAAGAAUACUUAGACAAAUGACUUACAUUAAUAUUUUAAGACUGCUUUUGUACUUAAGUGAACCUGUAUUUGUAUGCUUUAAUCACACAAUGAUGAUAAUCCGGUUUGAAUGAAAACUAAAAGGUUGUAAUGUCAUUGUAGAAAGUAAAACAAGAAAUCGAAGACAAUUGACCAAGUAAAAUAUUAUUAUACCCCCACAUGAUUAGGAAGUAUGGCUAUGACCAAUUAGUAAAGUUCUACAGAUGUAUAUGACUCUAGUAAGGUCCAAUAAAGAUGUUUUGGUAUUUGGCUCUGUACUACAGCACCUCAGCUCUGAAAUGCUACAUGGGUUACGAUGGUGAUGUGCAUACUGUCUGCUUCCAUUUGAGCAUGUUCAUAUUGGGUAAACCAUUAGGAAAUUACUGCACUCAUACAUAUUUCUUACUUUUCAGUGGACCUAAAGUGUUUGGCCAAAUUCAGCUGUGUGUAUUAACAUAGCCAAAGCUUUCCUAUUAUUAUCCUGAAUUAACGAUGUGAAAGUUGGAGCAAUAAAUGGUUGUUCCCACCCUGCAAUCCUAA